AUGUCAAACACACUGUCCAAGUCCGAAGUGUACACAAAGCACCAGGAGGGGUUUCCGCUAGCCAGUCUUCCAGUAGCCAGUGUUGUCACGCAGCCUAGUAACUACGCCGCUUACAUGUCGCAGUAUGACUUCAAUUCCUGUCUGGCGGCGCCGUUGUCCUACAUUGGAUCUUCUACGGCCAUUCAGAUGAGCAACUUUUUGCCAAAUCCCAAAGAGGGUCAGUCUCGGCCUGGCAUGAAAGUGCUUCGAACAAGUCUGAUCAAGCGAAAGGUAGCUCCCAGUCGUGGGAGUCAGCAUGAUCCCAGUUAUUUAGUCUCAGAAGUGCUGCUAGAUCCAUCCAGUCGCGCAUCAGCUACGACUCAGUUCAACCGUCCAGUCUCCUCCCAGCAGCAGCCCGGUCGACUUAACAAGUGGCUGGCGACGCAUCUGUCAUCUCGAGGAGCCCAGUUCUCGGCAUUUCCGGGGCACGGUCUCGGGUUGGUUGGCCUCACGAACACCGGAAUUCCGGCCGACCGAUUGGCCACUUCUGAUACGACACUCUUGUACGCUGGCCUAUGCGACGAUCUCGACUUAGCUUCAACCAACAGCCCAACAUCAGCCUGUCUGUACCAACGAUUACCCUCCUCGGUUGCCUCAGCAACAGGUCUUCUCAGGCAGCCGACACCGCCAUGUCUGCCGAGGCAGACUCCGGUUAGUCAGUGCCCACCAGUCAUCUUCACCCCGGCGCCACUCGUCACUCCAACUUGGCCGUCGGUGCCAAGGCCGGAGCUGCAAAAGAGAAGACAGGUCCUUGUCAGUCAGGCUGGUCGUUUGGCUGGCGGUCACAGGACUGGAAAAUCAGUGCCUCGGACAGGUCUGGUACUUCGUGUGCGGCCGAACGGUGAGUCAAAAGUCUGA